AUGAAUCCAGACGACUUGGAAGACACCCAUUUGUGCAUAAAAUGCAAUGCCACAAUUAUCGGAUUGGAAAAAUAUAUUGAACAUCGAAAGCAAAACUGCCUGGUUGCCGAAAAGCUGGCAGUGACCACCUCAGCGGAAGGACCUGUCACCACAUCAACUCCCACCCAAGUUUCGGCAUCAAUUAUCAGUCGCAGCAACUUGGAUCACAGUUACGAUGGCUUCCAUUUCACGGAACCGGAAGCUCCCAGCAGCUAUUUGCGGAAAACAGCAGCCAGUCAUGGCGGAAAGACCUCAAAGUCCCUGACCGAAGCCUAUGAUCUGACCUAUGAACUGGGUGCUGAUCUGUUCUUUUCUUCGCUGCAACUGCAGAGUGUUUCUACGGGCGGGAAGACAGGAUCAGUGGCACGACAGGAGAGGCCCAAGGAGGAUUCAUGGCCAGCACCCGGAAGAGAUCCACUGCUGAAAGCUGUGCGGGAGCACGAGGAUACUGUUUUCAAGCCACUCAAUUUCGAUCACGACUCCCCGGAAGCCAGUGAGGAAGAGGAUGAGGAGGACGAGCCGGAUGAUUUCGACCCGGAGCCGGAGGAAGACGACGAAGAGUAUGACGUGAGGCGUCACUCGCCACCGACAGUGCCCGCCACUCAUACAGGCGGCAAGUGGAAGCCCGAGCACCGCCCUCAGCUCCGGCAUCCGCAUAUCGAACGGAUCUCGCCCAGCUGGGAUGAGCCACCCGAGGAGGCGUUCAUCCACCCGCCAGAGGACCACACCAAGGGCAAGUGGGUGCCCGGCAGCAAGCAGUUGGAGUACCGCGAAAACAUAGACCUCACCAAACUGGAGCAGCCGGGGGCCAGCUAUUGGUGCAACAUUUGCUGCAGGCGCCUGAAGAGUCGCCUAAACUACGAACAACACUUGAGAAGUGGCUACCACUUGAAAAGGGCUGAGGCCGAGUGCCAGUUGGAGCAGGCCACCUUGGGCAGGGAGCUCAAUCUGAGCAAAGAGUUCGCCGUGGAGGUCAAGGACAAGGAGAAGGAUCCAUCACAACCAGAAAAGAGGAAAAGGCGAGCCAACUAUCUGCGCUGCGAUCUUUGCCGGCACACAAUGGCUCGCCACCUGAUGGGAAAACACCUGAUCUCCCACUACCAUUUCCGACGGCUGCAGCAGCAACAAAAUCAAGGUAGGAGACAGGCGUCCCUGCAGGACAUCCUUACCCACAUGGGCAGCAUAGUGAGGCAGUCUCCGUUUCAGUGCCUGCCCUGCAGAUUCUAUGCCAACACGGAGGAGGCUUUCCUUGACCACUGGCAGUCCCCGACCCACUCAGCUCUCACCCAGAAACUGGGUGGCUCUUUUUGGUGUAGCUACUGCCAGUUCGAGUGCCCCACCAACGAUGAGAUGUGGAUGCAUUUGCUCCAUGCCUCCCACAAGGAGGUGGUCAUGGCGCUGAAUCGCUCUGUUCCCAUUUACAUAGCCCAAAGAAGACACCUCCAGUGCUCCAGUUGUGGGCUGAGCUUCCUAUACAACUUCCAACUGCGCCACCACUUUGCCACCGACCAUCCUGGCCAGACUGCAACUGGAAGUGCUGGGGAUGACUAUCAGUGUAGGUUCCGAUGUGGCCUGUGUGGCAUGCCGCAAAAAUCUCGCCUGGCUCUGCAACGCCACGAAAAGCACAAACAUCACGUGGCCAGGUAUUACUGUGCCAUUUGUCGACUGGACUUUGAGACGCCUCUGGAGGCACGACGCCAUCGAAGCUUAAUGCAACACAAGCUGAAGGCCAGACCGGAAGGGACGAAAGCCCACCCGGACAAAGAAAUUGAAAGUAUGCUGCGGGAAGUUCUGGAUGACCCCUCAGAUCCAAAUGCCAAUCCCUCAAAGAAAACCAAGGUUGUUCCCAAAAAAUGCGCCAACUGCGAGGAGGUCUUUGAUUCUCCUCAGAAUUUAUCCCGCCAUCGAGCCGAGAUGCAUCCUGCCGAGAAUCAUGUCUGCCUGAGCUGUGGCCAAAGCUUCCAAUCCGCUCAAGCUUUGGGCAGGCACACCCGGAGCUGCCAGCCCCAGGCCAGCACAUCCUCCUCUGCAUCCACAGCAUCCGAAAAUCCCAAGAGCACCAACUACUCCUGCGAUCAAUGCCAGUUUCGUUCCCAAUUCGAAUCUGAUCUUAUUUAUCAUCGUUUCUUCCACACCCGUACAGGGAGUAUUGGCAAAAACGAACUACUCCAGUGUCCGCUGUGUCCCAAGCACUUCAAAAAGCAUUCCCUCAGAGCUCAUCUCCGAAAUCACACCGAUGAGAGGCUCUUCGAGUGUCCGGAGUGCAAGCUAAAGUUUGCCCGAAGACACAACUUGAAGAAUCAUGUGGCCACAGUUCACAGAAAGAAAGGGGAUCUGGAGGCAACUAAAUUGGCCAAGAAAAAAGAGACCAGCAAACAAAACAAAGCCAAAUAUCAGUGUGGAACCUGUGGAAAAAUUUUAGCCAAAAAAUACAGUCUGAAACAGCAUGAGUUGGGUCAUCAAGAGGCAUUGAAAAAGAAUUUUAAAUGCCAGGUUCCGGAUUGUUCCUAUGCAGGAUUGACCCAGGAGAGUCUCAAAACCCACCUCGUCUCCCACUCCCAAGAAAGCCACAAGUGCGACCGGGAAAAUUGUGCCUAUGUGGGCAAAAGUGAACUACAUCUAAAGAGACACCUCAAGUCUGCCCAUGCCGCGGAGAAGGGUGGCGGAGAGGAGUGGUACUCGUGCGAUCAGUGCGAGUUCAGGGCCCGCAUCAAGGGCCACCUCCGCCGGCACUCGUUGCGCCACUCGGGCCAGAAGCCCCACCAGUGCCCCCACUGCGAUUUCCAGUGCAGCACCAUCGACAAUUUACGCAAACACAUCGUCAAGACUGGCAAGCAUCCCGGCAAGUUCAUCUACGAGUGCAAGAAGUGUGAGGACCAGGAACCCGGUGAGGUCUUUAAAAGUAACAGCUACAAGGAUUACCAAAAGCAUUUGAAUACACACAAAGUAGACUAA